AUGCCGCCCAGGUCUUCCCUCACCUCGUCCUUCUCCAUUACCGACUCUAACAAUGAGGUCGUCUGUCCAUUGCGCAACCAAGAUGGCUCCAGCUGCAGGAAGCGCUGCAUCGGCGAGAAACGGUAUCGUUCGAUGCAGGAGCACAUUCGUCGAGCGCACCCAGAACACUAUAUAUCCAAGCUUCCCGCCACCGAAGAAAGUUUUAACCUGAUGGUCAGCACGGCGCCUAGCGAACGACCCCAGGUCCAACAUAACUCCGGGCCUUCGCAUAUGAACCAGGCAAGGGGCAUAUCCCACGCAUACCACCGGGAUGACUCGAGUGCUCCAGCAACGCCCCGGAACGUUGAAGAAUACCAAGGAGGAUCUUUGUUCCCUGCUGCUGCUGCAUUGGCUCAGCUCCACAACCACAAGAUCGAAUCCAACUGGGAUUCGGAGGUCGAUUGGCAUUCGGAUAAUGAAGGCGGGCGGAUUCCGCGGUCCUCGAUUGAGCUUCCUCCCAUACACUUGAACAGCAACGAUGUCACUAGCUCCCCCUUCCCCGGUCUCGACGGCGUCAGACAAAGAGAUCUGCUGCCCUCUAUCUUGUCAACUUCUCCUCCAGGACGGUCCUCAACCCUCCCACCGUUGCACAAACCGCUCGGCCCGACUCGGCCUAGAAAGCAGUCUGUCACGAAGAGGGGUCACCAGAGGAAAAAGUCAAAAGGAGCUGCAACUUCAGACUGGAUUAGAAGGCUCCAGAACGACGGGUCUGAUUUUUUGAGGCCAGGCGGUGGUGAUAGGAAAGCCUUGUCGGCAGAACCUACGGGGGUGGAUUUUGGAAAGCGCUGGGAAGAUCUUAUUGACGCAGCCGCAUCUGCAACAGAAGAUAUAGACGAAGACAGAACUCCAGUUCCCCGAUCGCCAGUCUCGGUCCAUCGAGCUUCAUUACCGCCAUUCCAACAGGCUUUCCCGGGUUAUCAAGCAUCACCACUCCAGCAAGCGCUCACCCCUCCCCCAUACAACCCGGAAGCGCCUGACCCUUUCCCUUCUGUCGAGAGCGGCGAAAGCGGAGAUAACUUUCACAUCGAGGCACGGGGCUUAUCGGACUCUUCACCAAGCUACUCGUCACAAAACGCUCAGAUAUACUGCGCUGCAUGUCAAGGCGUCUCGUUGCUUAAAGAGUCAUAUGCAUGUACGGAAUGCAUAUGCGGGCUCUGCCAGGCCUGUGUCGACGUCCUUAUGGGUGAGCAAGGGGCAAGGAGAAAGUGCCCCCGAUGCGCCACGAUAGGCGGCCGCUUCAAGCCGUUCCAGCUGGACAUCCGGUAG